GAAAAAGACAGCAAAUUUUAUGUACACGUUCAUCAGAUUAAAUAAAUUAUAUUAUUCAACGUAUUACCUUUGUUCAGAGAAAUUAAACUCGUAAAGGAUAAAUUUAAGAUGAUUAUUUGAACCUCAAUGAAAAAAACAAUAUACAAUAUUUUAAAUUAACAGAAGAUUCUUUUUAUUAUAAGUUACGUUUUCGCCAUACUUCGAAACUGAAAUCAAAAAUGGGAGAAGAAAAUUUUGUAAAAUGGGAUGUCGAUCUCGAAGUAGCCCUAUUUCACGCUAUGAGAAACCACAAACCUGUCGGUGUGAACAGACAUUUCCACAUGGCUUGUUUACAGCAAAAGUUGAAUGCAGCUGUUAACAAAAAGUUAACAACUAAACAGAUUUGGACCCAUUUGAACACCAUGUAUGCUUUACAAUCCUUGAAUGACUCUGAAAAAUUACCAUUCAAAAAUAAAGAGUCAGAAUUUACCCUACCUGAAGCUGACUUCUCAGAGCUGAUGGAAAAGAAACUCCCGAAGAAAAUUUCAGAAUCUGGAUCACAAUCUGAAGACAGUCCUGUUUCUACGCCAGUUAGCAAACAAACAAGUAAAAAUACAGAACAAAAACUCUCGAUAUUUGAAAAAUUGGAUCCCCCAGAUAGUCCAAAAAGAGCAGAAAGGAAAAGGACUCGGCAUGGAAUCUCAAGCCCUAAUACAUCUGGGACAGAUACUCCUUCAUCUACAAAACGUCCAAGACGGACAUGA